AGUGCGCAGGCGCAGAAAAGGGGGCGGGGGGACUCGACUUGUUGUGUUGCUGCCCGAGAGCCGGAUACUGUCGUCCUGCGGCCGUGCCGCUUCCAGCCUCCCGACCAUGUCUCACUUAGUCGAGCCGCCGCCGCCCCUGCACAACAACAACAACAACAACUGCGAGGAAGGGGAGCAGUCCCUGCCGCCGCCCGCUGGCCUCAACAGUUCCUGGGUGGAGCUACCCAUGAACAGCAGCAAUGGCAACGAUAAUGGAAAUGGGAAGAAUGGGGGCCUGGAGCACGUUCCUUCCUCGUCUUCCAUCCACAAUGGAGACAUGGAGAAGAUCCUUCUGGAUGCACAGCAUGAGUCGGGACAGAGCAGCUCAAGAGGCAGUUCUCACUGUGACAGCCCUUCACCACAAGAAGACGGGCAAAUAAUGUUUGAUGUUGAGAUGCACACCAGCAGGGACCACAGCUCUCAGUCAGAAGAAGAAGUUGUAGAUGGAGAAAAAGAAGUUGAGGCUUUGAAGAAAAGUGCAGACUGGGUAUCAGACUGGUCCAGUAGACCCGAAAACAUCCCACCUAAAGAGUUCCAUUUCAGACACCCUAAACGUGCAGCAUCUCUAAGCAUGAGGAAGAGUGGAGCCAUGAAGAAGAGGGGCAUUUUCUCUGCAGAGUUCCUGAAGGUCUUCAUCCCAUCUCUCUUCCUCUCUCACGUGUUGGCUUUGGGGCUGGGCAUCUAUAUCGGAAAACGACUGAGCACACCUUCUGCCAGCACCUACUGAGGGAGACGAAAAGCCCCUGGGAAUCCGUGUGGCCUGUGAAGUGGUGUAUUGUAGUUUGAAUUUGAGACCUAUUGUAAGCAUGAUCCCCACCUACAACCCUAUUUUUACAUGCCCAAUUCCAAGUAACUCUCAAAUCCAGUAUUUUACUCAAACUCUGUUGGGGCAUUUUACUAACCUUUUUCCCUUUUUGGCCUGUAAAACACUUUAGAGAUUCCUAACAGAGUUUACUGUUGUUUAGAAAUUUGCAAGGGCUUUUUUCAGCAACGCCACCAGCAGAUUAUAAUCUUGUCAACAGUGCAUCGUCUCCUCUUAGUAUCACUAGUCACAUCUGCAUCAUUCAUGCUAGAAGCUGUGUUCUAGCCAUGCAAUUACAUCUCUUUCUAAAUGAGGUCAGGUUUGCAAAUAAUACUAUGAAUAUUACUAUUAAAAAUAAUUUGUUUAAAAGUCUUUGUUUUGUUUCCCAGGACAAAAACAAGCUUCCCUGAGCUUGAGUUUAUAGUUAUAAAAUGAAAACAACCAAAAAAGGAAAAAAAAAAAAAAAGCAAAACACAAGGAAAAAAAAUCCUGGGCAAUAAAAAUUACUUUAAAGCAGCUCUGGAGCCGCUCUUUCCUCAGCCUCCUGCCGCCCUGAAUGGGUAGGAGACAGCUGUGUGAGGGACAGACAGGAGAGAGGAGUGGAGAGCAUGCUCGCAGGUUUAACAUCAGUAUAUUGCAAUGCUGUCUUUUCUAUGGUAGAGAAUCUUUAUUUGUAAGGAGUGUCUCAGGCCUAGACAUACAUGAAACUUACUUUUGAGAUUUUCGUGCGUUUGGUAUUUUCAUGUGUUAACUGCAUGUGAAUUUUUCAUGACUUUCUUUGUUUUUCUAGUUUCUUUUUUUCUAAGAAGAGACUUGGAACGAGUCUGAUUCAUGGUGUUAAUAGAGGCUUCUUGUUUUAGGAAGCUUUGCUUACACUCUGGAGCCUUUACACUCUGAAGAAUAACUUCAGAGUUAUUCCAAGUACUUGUGUAACUUGGAAAAGUAGACUUGGGUUGUGGGAACAGUUGAUAAAGUUCUGGAAAGAUGCCAUUCACUCUCUUUGGGUCCUUACUUCCUGUUGUUGGCUACAGUCUUCCCAAGGUCUCCUUAGUCUCUCCCAGGCCCCCGUGACUGUCUUACGUAAGUGUCUUCUCAGUUCUGUCAAAUUCCUGAUGCUCUACAGUACUCAGAAAAUUCUUUGAAUGGCAGACUUUCUUCUGUCUGUUUCUAAAAUGUGAAGCUUUAGGACCAAAUUGCUAGGAUCAGGAUUGCAGAUUAUCUCAAGUAGAUUUUGUUAGAUUUCAGAGCACAGCAUCACUCUGAGGGAAUCUGUGUCUUAUAUAUAAAUAAUUACUGUUAAUGAUGUACACUUUGCUGAAGUUAUAGAACCAUUGUGAAUUUCAAGGCUAGCAACCUACACACACGGUGCACCAGGUUGACUUGAAUAAAUUUGGCAACCAGGUUUGCCAGCAUGCAGAAACUCACUCUUCUCUCACAUAAAGGGUUAUAAAAUUGGUGUGUUAUAUGGAAAUGGAAAGGACGGUAGAUAAGAAGACAUUUCUGUCAUUUUUCAAGAACAUGGCUGUUUAUCUUCAAGACAGAUAAUAUAUCCAAAAUAGUUUUGUGAGUUAUUUUCUUUCUGGCAUUUAAUGUCUACCUGAUUUGAGGGCGACUUCUGCCCUUUUCCUUUCUUGCUCUUAAACCUGGUGAUGCUUGAUCUGCCUUCUCACCUAUUACUUCAAGUGUUUAUGAUUGAGUUUCUUAGGAAGAAAGCAGAUCUGGUGGCCUGUUGUUUUGUUGUUGUUUUUCAAAUUGCCAGGACUGCUGAGGCGAACCCGCAGCACAGUUUGCAGCACUGACGUGUGAGCAGAGCAGAAUCACUCUUUAAUGCUCUUACAGGCGGACAUCACCUCUCUAAAUUCAGUAGCAGUUUCAUCGGCAGUGCCAUUGAACUGUGGGAACAUUUAUGAUUUUGUCUCAACAUUAAAACUAAAUUUAGUUUUGCCAGUUUUUGAAAGUAUCAAUAAAAUCAUGGAAUAUGUCCCAGAGCAACUGUCCAUCAGUGAGCAUGUACGAUGUCCGUUUGCGGUUCCAACAUACAGGAUGUUCAUGCUCCUACACAGAUUCUUGUUGAGUGAAAACAGAUUGUCCUAUCACAAAGCAGGAUUCAACAGAGUUGAAAUUUAAGAUAAGGUUUAAAAAGCUUUAUUCCUGUUUACAAUUUGGGAUGAAAAGCAGGCUUUGUUCUAAGUUUAUUGAAACCUGGCUCAGAUGUCUGUAGGUCAAGAGAAAAGCGGCACAGAGGCAGCACAGUGAGUCACUCAAUUGCAGUAAAGAGUGAACUGGAGACAGCCCGUGAGACGAAUCUCACAGUGAAGCGUUUGGUGGACCUCCUGGUAUUAAUGGAGCCAGAGUGACAUGCAUCCUUCGUCUGUCUCUUCGUCAGCACUGGCGUCAUUCCUUACAGUUUACAGAACAUGUGUAACUUGUAGCUAUAAACAUUUUGUGCCAUUAAAGCUCUCACAAAACUUG